AUGGACCACACUGCUAUGCCUUCUGUUAAGGAUCGCUGUACUUUCAGGGGAACAUACCAGCAGAAUGCCUUCGAUGGCAAAAAACCAUGGGAUGCGGUAGUUAGAAAACUGCUUCUUCUGGUUGUGGUUACGGCGGGAUUUUUGUUAUCACCUCUCGCCCGUUUCCCUUUUGCUACACAAGGCGGUCGAAGUGGACAGGCCGAGACUUGGAAUUCUGGAAUAGACGAAAAGAGUCAGUUCCAAUGGUCGCAUAUAUCCCCUUCCAGGGAGCUUCGAUAUCAUGACUGCUUUGAUGGUCUACAAUGCGCGCGUCUGGAGGUACCAAUGGACUACAAGCGCACCGACGGAAAAGGUCGUACCUUUGCUAUCGCUCUUGCAAAACUUCCUGCGAAGGUCCCAGUUACAGAUCCUCGUUAUGGAGGAGCUAUAUUAAUCAAUCCCGGUGGCCCAGGUGGCUCCGGAGUCGCCCAGCUUCUGGUGUCUGGACGAAAUUUGCAGACGAUUGCAGACUCAGAGGUUGACCCCGAGGCGGCGUUUGACGAAAACUCCCCCAACCUUCCAAAGUAUUUCGAUAUCAUAGGCUUCGAUCCUCGUGGCGUCAAUAACACCACCCCCGGAUUUAGCUGCUUUCCCAAUACGUUCUCGAGACGGAAUUGGGAGCUGCAACAGGAGACGGACGGGAUGCUGGGAAGCUCAGACGAUUCUCUCAUGCGAAAUUGGCAACGAAACAAAGCCCUUGCAGAUGGAUGUUCAGAGCAGAUCAUCGCCAAAAUUGAUGGACAAGAAGCACUCGGAGAGCAUAUGAAUACGGCUCCUGUCGUCCAGGACAUGAUUGGGAUCAUUGAGCGACAUGCUGAGUGGAGAGAAAAGCAAGGAAUAGCCCAGCAACGAGAACAUGACGCGGAAAAAGGAUUUGAUAAAGACCAAUCUCUUGCUCGGAGAACCCGAUGGAACCGGGGAAAGGAGAAGCUUCUGUAUUGGGGCCGGUCAUAUGGAACGGUCCUGGGGGCUACGUUCGCCGCCAUGUACCCCGAUCGAGUCGAACGCGCCGUGCUCGACGGCGUCGUGGACCUCGACAGUUACUACUUUAACAAAGGGCCAAGUAGUAUCUUGGACGCUGAUGCGAUCUUCGAUCGCUUCGCCAUAUACUGCGAUGCGGCAGGCCCCGAUGGCUGCGGAUUGCACCACUCUGGCGGGCCGGAUUCCAUCAAAACAAGCGUCCGUGAUCUCCUUUCCAGUAUCCUUAACUCGUCUGUCCCUGUCCCUGCCUCUGCGACCCGGGGACCAGAAGUCGUGACGUGGACGGAUGUGAUGACCCUUGUACGAAUCGCCACGUAUCAGCCAUUGUACUUUUUCCCCUUGUUGGCAGAAUUACUGGGCGACCUCAGCAAGGGCAACGGGUCCGCCAUGGCAGACUUCAAGCAGCGAAACCGCGAGCCAUCUUGUUUGUCGCCAGAAUGCCUCCUCGCCGGCCCGUACUCACGAGAGUGCACGAUUCCGGGAGAGAAUGACGAGUACGCUACGCGAGCGAUCCUUUGCACAGAUUCAGAGAACCUGGGUAAAAUCGACCAGGACGAGUUCAAGCAGCAUUGGUAUUCACUCAAGGCAGAGAGCGAGAUGCUGGGCGACUAUUGGGCGCAUGUGCGAUUGAGCUGCGUUGGAUGGAAGGCCAGGGCGAAGUGGAGAUUUACAGGGCCAUUUACUAGGAAUACUUCUCACCCGCUGCUUUUCGUCAGCAAUACACUCGACCCGGUGACUCCGCUUCGCAGCGCUCGCAAAAUGUCAUCCAAUUUUCCUGGAUCUGUUGUCCUGCAACAAGACUCAGAAGGGCACACGACAUUAGCCGCGCCUUCUCUGUGCGUCGCCAAGGCCAUCCGCGCCUACUUCCAGACUGGAGAGCUCCCACAGCCAGGGAUGAUCUGUCAAGCUGACAUGAAGCCGCUUCUCGGGGCACCCUCGUCGUCAUCGAUGCUCGAUCCGAGGAAUCUGAGCGCCGCAGACAGGAUUCUGUACGCUGCCGUGGAAGAUGAAGUGCGAAACUAUCGUCGACGCGGCCGUUUUAUGCCGCUUCAAGUUGUACUCCGUACAGCUGCAUCAGGUCAUGAUGAUGGUUCAGGGGGUAUGAAACAACGAGCAUCGACAUGGGAUGGUCCAUCACGUGCCAGUCAGGGGCACGCCCGUCAUUUGGCGGAAGGAGUGACCGUCGGUGGAUCGGCCGCGUCUCAGCCAGGAUUGCAGUGCAAGCCCCGCCCAUCUUCCGUCUUCAUUCCUCGGCUCGGUCCACGGAAUGCUCCUCUCCUAACUCAGGAAACGAAACGACGUUCACCAAGCCAUUGGCCAAUCCUUCGGAACGCGGGAUUCCGCGGUGCGCGCCUCUCCUCCCCCCAGAAGGUGUCCUUGCCCCGCAACGUCUCCGACCAGUUCUCGCCAUGGCGAUCGCUGUCCGGGAGUUCUGAGGCCGAAGACGAGCCAGCGUCACCAACAGAAAGUGACAGCCCUCGAGAGACCGGUUCGGUGCGAAGGAAGGUGAACGUGCUGCAAGAGAUCCAUAAUUCGUCCUGUCGAGGUCAACAGUCUCGCCGUUCGUCAGUUUCUUCACUGUUUCGCAGUUCACCAGAAGACACAGGCCACAGCCAUUUCCUGUCCUCCCCGCAGUCCCCCGUUUUGCGAUCCUCGAUUCUUUCUUCACCCUCAAUCAGCGACGACGACAGUGAUGCGGAGUCUGUGGUGAUAUCACGGGAUCAGUCUCUUCCGGGAAGCUCGCCCCUCUCACUGCGCGACCAACUUGAAGUACGCAAGAGAGACAGCCGGACGCGAAAGUCCAGCUACGAGACAAGACGAUAUAUUGAACACCUGGAGACCCAGUUAGCUGCUGCCCAGAGCCAAUUGAGCCCAAUGCAGUCGCCAUCCGCCAGACCUCAGGCCUCCAAACUGAGGUCACUGAACGCCGAGAUCAAGGUGCUGAAGCAGGAAAUCGCAGAAUGGGAGAGCAAGUUCGAGGCCCGGAUCAAGGAGGAAAUCGCUGCUAGAACGGAGGUUGAAAACAAAUUGAGAGCCCGGAUUCGCGUCUUGGAGAACCAGGUCGAGCUGGAUUCUUGCCGCAUUAAGGAACUCGAAUACGAAAAGGAGAUCCAAGCGCAGAAAUUACGCGAUGCAGAAUCUUUGAAAUCGACGAAUCGCAGCUUGGAAAGACGCAUCGACGUCUUGACGGAGCUUCUCGCGCAGUCGCCUGCCAGAGUUGAGACCCCACGGAGCCCGAUACGCGGAUCGGAUGCGGUGUCUCCUUCGCGCAGUCCUGGCCCGAGACUAGCUCGACCAAGAUCAAUGGUCCCGUCUAUCCAGUUGACUCGGGGAGAGAGCUUGUUUCAACCUAUGAUUGUACCUGACGCAGACGAGGUGCAUAGCCAAAGUCCGCUGCACGAGCUUGCAGCCGAAUUGAACAGCAACAAGCCCCGGCAGAGCGAUUCGCAACCUGUCCAAGCCGACAGUGUUCCAGAAUUAGACUUCGAUACAUCAACUGUGUCUUCCUCGUCAGCGUCGAAGUCGCAGCGGUCGUCAGCCAUGUCACAGUUCUCAUCAGUGUCAUCGCAAUGGAGCUUACCAUUUCCGUUUUCUGGGGAUUUUCAUGGAAAGACGCAGAGUCGCCAUAGGAGCAUGCGCCGAUUCCCCUCAGGGACGUGCACACUGAAGCCAUUGAUCCUGCCUGCUGCUACCGCACAAGCAUCUGACUGCCCUCCGCAGCAGUCUCUAUAUCCGGACUUUGAGCGUUCUCCCGCCUCUUUUGAUCCUACACAAAUCGACGGAGGCCCAGAAGAGGAGACGGGCGACUCUGCCCACUCCGUGGCACAGGAAGAGACACUGGCUGCGUUGGAGGGCCGUACCGAUCAUUACACCACAUUUGAUGAAGCCAUUUUGAAACAUGGGGAGAGAUUAUCAGAUAUUAUCGCACAUGAAAAUUCGUGUUCGAACGGCGGAUACUCCAGUCUGCGGCCAGACGCAGGGCUUGAUGAUGGAUCUUUGACGUGUUUCUCUCCAGGUGGAGAUAUAGAUAUUCUACCUUACCCGGUGACAGAGUCCAUGGAGAAGCAAUCUCGUUCCCCAGAUAUGGAGUCAACCGACGAUACAAGGACUCCUAUGAGCGCGCGGACCAGGAUUGAGAAUCACAAACUGCGGAGUGAUAAUAAGGUGCCCAAGACAAGCACCAGAGAAUGCAAAUCGUCAAAUGCGUACCAAGCAUCAUCGACUCCAGGGAUUGUCGGCCAGGCCGCGGAGAUUCUAUUCAACUUCUGUGAUCGUUUUAAAGGAUUCAAGAGUCGCUUUGGCGCGUUGGCGCGCAGGAUCAUAGCGACCGUUUGGAACAGGAACAAGAGACAGUUUGGGAAGCUGUCUUGGUGGGUUCUUGGCCUGGUGAUAGGUUCCCAGACACGAAGCGCCUGGUUCAAGAGGACGCCGUCGAUCCUGGCAGCGGACAAUGACGAGCGGCAUCGACGCUCGGCGGGUGCUGAGGAAGGCGCCCAUUCCGGUGUCAGUGAUGAGGGCCUUCACUCAGCGUCGUGUGAUCCCACAUGUCUACAACCAGCAGCACAGCAGAAAGAACCCGAGAUUGGCUCAGUUUCCUCUGGAGAUCGUCCUGCGCAUGGAAGCACUACUCUCGGCCACAGCCUGUGUCUAUGGGCAAAGUUUUCUGUCGCUCUGGUGGUUGCCAUCGGUCUGGCUAUCAGGCACGGUCCGGGGUCACUCCUGGAAGGUGAUCCCCCAGAUCGAGCAUAUGCAAACGAAGAAGGCCCGCCAUGUAGUAGCCCUGUUAGAGACACAGAUUCCAAACCAGCCUGA